CCGCGACCCCCGCCGUCCCCGCCCGGGGCCGGGGGAGGCGGCGGGAGAAGACGCGCGCCGUGGGGAAGCUGUCGUCCGCACCCAAGCUGAGGGCGAGGCGGCGGGAGCAGGCCCUGGCCGCCUGCCGUUGCCGCCCGCAGUUCAGCGUGCGCGUUACCUUCGCGGGGCAAAAGGGGACGACGAGCGCGCGUGGUUGCGACUGCAGCCAGCCUGUGUGGGAGGAGCAGCUCUCGUUCCCCGACAUGUACCCGCCGCUGCACCAGCGCCUGCAGCUGCAGCUGCUCAGGGCCGGGCGGCCCGUCUCCGAGCACCGCCUGCAGCUGGACAGCGUCUUCCAGGACAUGCCGCCAGAACACCCUGUGGCGCCAGGCCGACGUAGUCCUGGUGGUCGUGCUGUGGGAUGUCCUUCUGCUGGACCGGGCGCUGCUCGGCGGCAAGAACAUCGUCAGCGACCUGGGCCUGGAAAUCAGCCUGGGCAGCGCCGGGGACCGCGAACUGUGGCAGCACCCCGAUCAUGGUGGCGCCGGGCACGCUGGCGCCCUGCUGGUCGAGCUCCCUUCGGCUUCCCGCGGUCAAGCUGUGCGGCGACCCGGAUGACGUCCGCCGCAGACCUCCGGGCGUGGUGGUGGAGGCGUGGGACCGCGACCCGUGCGAAGGGGUCGCCGACGGCAUGUCGAGCCGGGUCCACGAGGACUUCCUGCUAGAGUUCUACCCCGGCGAGUUGGAGGCGCAGGUCCCGUUCGGGGGGUUCCAGGACUUCCUGCGCGUGUUGCCGCUGUGUCGCGGCAAAAGGGAGGAUCUCGCGCAAGACGCGGACCUCGAGGACGAGGACGACGACCUCCCGGAGUGGGACCACGCAGGGAAGGUCAUGGCCCAGCUUAAGGUAGUCAUGUCUUUGCGCGCGCUCCCGCAGCCCCCGAGCCCCGGAGGAUGUCGUGCUGGCCCCGCGGGCAGCCCCUCGAGGACCGCGGCUCCCCGGCGGCCGCCGCAGACCGGCGCGCGCCCGCUGCCCGUCCUGGUGCGCGUGUACGUGGUGCGGGCCGUCGCGCUGCCGCCCCGUGACGCCAACGGCUCGUGCGACCCCUACCUGGUGCUGCGGCUGGGGCGGCAGCGACGCGUCGACGUGGACAACAUCGUCAAGCAGAACCUGAACCCCAUUUUCGGCAGGGUGUUCGAGUUCGAGGCGGAGUUCCCUCGGGAUCACGCGCUCACGGUGCGCGUCAUGGACUGGGACGCCGCGGGCCGCGACGACGUUAUCGGGGAGACCAGGAUCGACCUGGAAAACAGGCUGUUCUCCAGGCACAACGGCGGCUGCGGGCUACCGAAACGUUUCUCUGCCAAGGGGAACAACUCAUGGCGUGACAGCCGCCUGCCGAGCGAGAUCCUCGCGGACCUCGCUGUCGACCACGGCCUGGCCGCCCCGCGCUACGAGGGGGACGGCGUCACGGUCGGGGACUGGACGGCGCGGGCCAGCGUCCACGACGAGCCGGCCCGCGAGCACGCCGCCCUGGCCGCGCUGCGCGCCUGGCCCUGGUGUAGCCUCGUCCCCCAGCACGUGGAGACCCGGUCGCUGCACCACCCGGACUGGCCCGGCAUCGAGCAGGGCAAGCUCGAGAUGUGGGUCGACGUGCUGGUGCUGGGCCGGAGCCUGCUCCCGGUGCCGCCCGCCGUGACCCUGGACCCACCCGGCGCGGAGCACUGGGAGCUGCGCGUCGUCGUCCUGGAGGCGGCCAGCGUGGUGGGCACUGAGCGGGUGCUGCUCAGUAAGGACAAGUCCUCCGACGUCUACGUCAAGGGCUGGCUGUCCGGCAUGGAGUGCGACGCGCAGUCCACGGACGUGCACUUCGCGUGCCUGAGCGGGGCGGCCAUGUGGAGCUGGCGGAUGGUGUUCCGCUUCCAGCACGUGUGGCCCGAGAACCGCGUCCUGGUGGAGGAGGGCAAGGGGCUCGCCCGACACCCGCCCCGCCUGCACCUCGCCCUCAUGGACUUCGACACGUUCACUCGCGACGACCUCCUGGGGACGCUGUCGCUGGACCUGUCGCGCGUGCCCCGCGGCGCCUCGUUCGCGUCCAACUGCUCGGCCCCGGGCGCGUCCAAGGACGUCAGGCCCACCGUCAACCUGUUCCUCGCGCGCCGCGCCGCGGGCUGGUGGCCCGCCCUGCUCGCCCCGGGCGUCAACAGGCCCCGAGCCAAGGGCCUCGCGGGCAAGCUGAACCUGGAGCUGUCCCUGAUGCCGGCCGCGGUGGCGGACCGAGACCCUGCCGGCGGGGGGCGGGAGGGCCCCCAGGCGCUGCCCAAGCCCCAGCGGCCCGUGGAGGCGUUCUCCAUGCUGCGGCACCCUCUGAUGGGCAUGUACCACUUCGUAUGGCGUCGCCACCGCGCUGCACUGAUCCUGGCCGUGCUUGUCGUCCUGUUGGUGAUCUUCGUCCUCUUGGCUGUGUACUCUCUGCCUGGCCUGCUCGUCAAGAAAAUCGUCGGGGCGUAGCCAAAGGGAGAGUGACUCCAACGCGUUGUAGUUUAUCCAUAACUUUUCAUUAUUCGUUGACAUUGCGAUGCCAAGUUUGCAUUUCGUUCACCCCUGUUUUCAUUGCUGCAUAUUUUAU